AACAAGACUUAAAACACUCGGUUGGACUUUCACUUCGGGGAUCAACAGUGUGGAGCUUUAUUUCUUUUUACAGUGCUGGAUAGAUAUCAGUCUAUCAACAAACUGGCAACAUGACUACUGAAGGAAAUCCUGGAUUGGGGCAUAAAUUCUUUGUCAUCUUGUCUGGAAAAACAAACGGGGCUCAUCAGUCGAUUGUUAAAAGGCUGACAGAUUGCGGCCAAACUGAGGUAGACUCGUCUGAAGGAUGUGACUACUUCCUGGUUUUCUGUCCCAUUGUAUCACGUGUUGGAACUGACAUCCAUGAGGCCCUCAGCAAAAUUUCAGAUGUCAAAAAAGCCAUUCUGAUGGUGAUGCAUCACACCUUCAAUCCCAGCCACACUGUAGCUGACAGCAGUAGACAGGUGCAGAAGCCAAACAUCGUCCUCACGGUGGAUUGUCUGUUUUAUGAGCGCGAACUCCUCAGAUGCGACCGCAACAACAACUCAAUGUGCGAAAUCGAAAAGAUUCUUGGAGUUUCCUGGGUUAGUGUUAAGAGUUUUAACUGGAAACACUUCAUUAAAAGGUUCAAGUUACCUCUUCUCAUCGCUUUGAUCGUAACAUUUACGAUAAUAAUUGGUGUAUGUUCCAUAAUAUAUAUUUAACACGAAAACUCAAAACCCCCUUUUUUUUUUUUUUUUAGAAAAAAGGAAAAAUUCAGUUCUGAAAAGUUCCACUUUCCACACUUAUUACAAAAUGUCAUAAUUGUUUUAGUCAAUUUUUUUUCUUACCUUUAUGUUUAGCUGCAUAGUUUUGCUUUUUCUGUCAUUUUGUUGCUGUUACACCUGAAUCUACAACAAUAAUGUCCUGUUUUCAACCAAAGCUACAUAAAAACAAAGUCAGACCAUUAUUGACCUUGACAAUAAACUGCACAUUUUGGCUCUUUAUUAUGUUUAUUUACUUCGAAUUAAUGGAUACCACCAGCACUUCACUGGUACCUGGAUUAUAACAGAACAUUAUUUGAGGACCAAGCAUCACAUGACUCCCCUGCAAAUUUUCGUAAGGGUUCGCAACAUCGGCAGAAACGACAGACAACAACAAUGAAGGACAUUUUUGGAACUGUCCAUGGUGGCUAGAGAAGGACUGCAAAUGUUAUGCCACCUGUGAAAGGUCCUGCCACUGCUGAAUUUGAAUCCUCAGCACAUAUGUCCACAUCUGGUACACAUGAGCAGUUGCUGGACUGGCCUAAAAGAGUAACUGUGUCACCAGUUGAACAUGCAGUGUCAGAAAAGCUGAUGGAGAAAAUAACCUCUCAAUUUGAUCCAUUGGGAGAUAACAGAGACGAUUUUCAGCAUAUCAUCACCGGAUUGAUCCUGUUAAUCCUACUUGAUAGUAAGAUCACGAGAAGGGAGGGUUACUGGAUACCGAAUCAAGAGAGUGACACCUUUUGAUGUUCAGACUCUUUAGCACAAAUAAAGGAAAACAAAAGUUAAACAAACAACGAUUGAUAUAAAAAUCAUUAAUAUUAUUUUUAUUUAUCAUCUGAAUAUUUUUCAUCGUUCGAUUAACAAAUUAAUUGAUUAUUGUGAUAGGCCUAGUGUUUGGCAUUAGCAAGAAAAUCUACACUGCUAUGUUUAAAAAUGGAGGAUAUCUUUUGCACCAUUCUUUUUUAAGCUGGUGAAUUUAAAAGUUUUUAUGUGUAUUUCAUGAAAAAAUAUGCACUGCUAAAUAUUUAAAGAGAUUGAAUUGUUUUGUGCAAGACAGAUAAAUUCUACUAUCACAAACCACCAUCAGCAUUCUUCUGUGAGAUAAAAUUCAUGGAUGCCUGUGCAUUCUAUUUAUAGCAGUAACCAAACAGACAUGAUCUUUCAGUCUACUUUUUUUCUUUCAGACGUUAAAAAAAGGUUAAUUUUGAAAGUGUUUUCAUGU